CCUUGCCUUGAGUCAGUGCAAUGUCAAUGAUUAAUGUCGUAGAUGUCUUUUUCAUUCGAUAUUAUUAAUUUCUGUGAACACUUUUUCUUUCAAAAUUAAUGUUUAUUUGCAUUAUUAGUUAAAUAUAAACAUAUCACUUUAUUUUAUUAUUUCUAAAUACUGGUUGUUUGUAUUUACAAGAGGCCAUUUAAACACAACAAAAACGGGGUGGAUUUUGUUCGGAUAAAAAAUUAAAAUUAUUAUUUUAAAAUGGAUUUUAAUGUAAAAAAGAUGGUGAAAGAUGCGGGAGCAGCCCUUAGUAGAGUUGUACAGCUUACAGAAGAAAAAAUUGGAACUUCUGAGAAAACAGAACUAGAUGCGCACUUUGAACAUUUAGCAGAACGAGCAAAUAUGUCAAAAACUUGGACGGAAAAGAUUCUUAAAAAUAUGGAAGCUGUACUUACUCCAAAUCCUGGUAAUAGAAUCGAAGAUUUUGUUUUUGAGAAAAUCGACAAAAGGAAACCAAAUAGACUUAGUAAUUUGGAAUAUCUUGGACAGGAUAUGAUCGAUUCUGGAAAUGAUUUCGGACCUGGAAUUGCUUACGGCAGUGCUUUAAUCAAAGUUGGUCAGUGUCAACAAAAACUGGGUCAAAUUGAAAGAGACUUUAUCGGAACGGCAGCUAAUUGUUAUAUUCAACCAUUGAGGAAGUUUUUGGAAGGCGAAAUGAAAACAAUUAGCAAAGAGAUGGCUAUUUUAGAAACAAAACGACUGGAUUUGGACGCAUGCAAAAAUCGUGUCAGAAAAGCAAGAAGCAUGUUGGGUCAGCAAAAUGAGAGCGGCGUUUCGCCUGAAGUCUUGCUCGAUCAGGCCGAGAGGGAAUUGAGGGUAGCUCAAUCGGAAUUUGAUCGUCAAGCUGAAAUUACAAAAUUACUAUUGGAAGGAGUUUCUAGUUCACAAGCGGGGCAUUUACGUUGUUUACAUGAAUUAGCUGAAGCUCAAACUCGUCAUUAUGCUCAAUGUCACGCAACUAUGCAGGAAUUACAACGAGAACUCGCUGGUUUGUCUGGGUGUUCUUUCCAUUCAUCCACUCAGUCAACAUCAUCUGCACCUAUGGAAAAUGGACAAGAUCGAGCCCGAGUUGUAUGCGAUUAUACUGCGAGAGAUUCCAAUGAAUUAAACCUCGAGCAAGACGAGGUAAUUUCUAUCUCUGUAAUUGUUGGAGACGAAGAUUAUUUAAUGGGAUUUAGAGGCAGUCAACGAGGGAAAAUUCCCAAAGCUUAUGUAGAAAUUAUUAGUAGUAAUAUUAAUUAAAUUUAAUUUAAUUAAUUAAAAAUUCUCAUUUGUUCCUUAUAUAUAUAUAUUAAUAAAUUUACGUAUAUAUAAAUUUUCAAAAAUAAAUUAUACUCUAUAAAAAAAUAUAUAUAUUUAAAAUGUAGAUAAAAAUAUUGAAAUUGCGAUCUAUUCCAAUUUACGUGUUAGUUAUAAAUAAAAAAUGUUAAAUACGUAUUGAAUUUUAAAAAUUAACUUAGGCUUUA